GUGAAUGAGAUAGCCACACCCAAAACACACACACAAAAAAUAAACUCACACUUCCACUUACAGUUCGGCUUCCUCUUCCUCUUCCUCUAUCACUUCUUCAAAAGUCCACGUAGACAUUCCGGCAAUCUUCUCCGAUCAAAAUCUCCGUUUCCCGGCAAUCAAAAUGUCCAAAACAGAAUGAGUAUUUCCAUCGAUAACCUAUCAUGUCGUACUCCGAUUGCUUCUCCGACUUACUCUGCGGCGAAGACUCCGACACCGUUUUCUCAAACGGAGGAGAAGAUUUGCCGGAAUGUUCUUCGUCGGAUAUUGAAUCUCAAUUCACCGGCGAUAUUGAUGAAUCGAUUGCUAGUCUUAUCGAAGAUGAACGGAAUUUUGUGCCUGGAUUUGAUUAUAUUGACAAGUUUGAAUCGCAGUCUCUAAGCGCCGUCGCUAGAGAAGAAUCCGUUGCAUGGAUUCUCAAGGUACAACGCCACUAUGGUUUCCAGCCAUUAACGGCGUAUCUGGCCGUUAAUUAUUUUGAUCGUUUUCUCUACUCUAGAAGCUUGCCGCAAACAAAUGGCUGGCCACUGCAACUAUUGUCGGUUGCUUGCUUAUCUUUAGCAGCAAAAAUGGAGGAACCUCUUGUUCCUUCUCUUUUGGAUCUUCAGGUUGAAGGUGCUAAGUAUAUAUUUGAACCAAAAACCAUACAAAGAAUGGAGUUUCUUGUGCUGAGAAUAUUAGAUUGGAGGCUUCGAUCUAUAACCCCAUUUAGCUUUCUUAGCUUCUUUGCGUAUAAACUUGAUUCACUUGGAACUUUCACUGCCUUCCUUAUCUCAAGGGCUUCUCAGAUUAUCCUCUCAAAUAUUCAAGAAGCUAGCUUUCUUGAGUAUUGGCCGUCAUGCAUAGCUGCAGCUACAAUACUGUGUGCAGCUAAUGACCUUCCAAAUUUCUCUCUUGUGAAUGCUGAACAUGCUGAAUCCUGGUGCCAUGGACUCCGCAAAGAUAAAAUCGUGGGCUGCUACGAAUUAGUGCAAAAGUACGCAAUUGCAUUAAGACCAAGGAGAUUUCCAAGAGUUUACCCACAGGUACGAGUCAUGACUCGGGUUAGUACUACUACUGUAGCAUCCAGUGACUCAUCGUCGUCCUCCUCCUCUGGUACAUCUUAUAAAAGGAGAAAAUUAAAUGACAGCUGGUGGAGUACUACAGAUGACGACAGAGCAAGUUCCGGUUAAUCAAUUAAUUAAUUAAGCUGUGGGGAAAUUAAGAAUCAGGGGGCUAUGGAAAAUGGUGGUCCAUCUAAGAAUCCUCAGUAAUUUUUUUCAUCUUUGAGGGUGUUUUGAGUUUAAAUUGACAGAAGAGUGGUGUAGAUUAUAUAUUUUAGUAGAGAUAAUCUUUUUUGAUUUUUUUUUUUUGUUGAUAUUUUGGGUGAGAAGAAGUGCCAUUGAUUAAAUGGCUUCGCAGAUUCCCAAGGGAAGGGGAUUUGGUACAUAUUAUUUUUGUGUGAAGAGAAAGGAAAAAAAAAGAGAGAUGGUUUAAUUAUAGCUAGCAGUAAGUGGAGUCAUAUGGAGUAUAGUGUGAAACUGUGAAAGAAGUGGGGUUUGUGAUUUGAAUUCAAAAGGAGCAUUGAUUAUUGUAUGUAAGAGGGUAGGGUGGAGCCCAUUUGCAAAGGAUUGGAGGAGAGAAAUUAAAUCAAUGGAGAAAAAUAUUGAACUUUGGGCAAGUUUCAUAUCGAUGAAUAAGUCAAGAAGGCUCUUGAUAUAUCAAUAUAGGGCCACCAUUAUUGCUUCCAACAUCUACACUAAGCUCCAAGAAAAUGAAAUGAAAAUCAAUGAUCCACACAAGGAGAAAAAAACAAGGCGUAUUGAACUUCAAGAACAACAUUUGGCUCUCUGUAUAAUCAGACUUUUGGUUUGAGGUGUGUUCUACACAGUGUGUAUGUGUGUUUUUUUGGCGGGAAAAUUUGCCUUUUUUCUUUCAUGUCCUAACCAUAUACUGGACUCUUUUCUUCUUCUUUUUUUUUCCGGAACGUGUAAUGGAUACACGUAUUCUUUAAUUGUUUUUUUUUGAAAUCAAAAGAGGUGUUAUUAUGUAUCACCUCUGAUCUUCUGGCCAAAAUUUGGCCUAACCAUACAAAGGGUCUUUGGGGCCUUUUAAAUUUGCUACUUUUUUCUCGAAGUGUGUUGUAUUUUCAUGUGUCAAACAUGAUGUUACAUGUAGUAUAUAUGAAUAAAUAAUAGUAAUAAGCUUUAAUUUGGGAUUGGCA